AUGGCAUGCCCAAACCACUCCUGUCUUUGGAAGCGUUACACCUCUAGUGCAAGUUUCUGCAGUACUUGCCAGAUAAAAUUCGGAAUCAAACGAGUUGGCCCUGGGAAGGACGUCAAAGGAACGGCCACAAUUGAGGCUAAGGUCCAAGUUGAAUUAGAGGAGACAAGAGGCAAAGUACAGCGACUUCAGGAAAUGUUGGAGCAACAGGAAAAUCAGGCAUCUACAAUAAGGGAGCAAAUGCAAGUGGAAUUAAAUGCCACAAGGGGCAGGGUACAGUUGCUGGAGGACAGACUUAAGCAACAGGAGAAACAACAACUGUCAACAAAGGGGGAACUGUUGAUGGCAAUACAGAAAGAAAUGAAGGAAGUCAACAACAAAAUAAAGUCAACAACGGGGAAUCUCCAGAAUGCUGUGAAGGAGUCCGAAGAAAAGUUGGAAGUCGUACAAAGGAAUAUCAAGAAGCAGUGUCGUCUCGCGGAUCAAUUGCAGUACAGUACAGCAAAAACUGGUUUGGCGUUAACCUAA